GGAUCACGUGACAGACGCUCUCCCCAGAGAGCACUUCCGGUAACGUUUUCUGUGUUUGUAAACUGAAAAGAUUGUCCGACAAGAAAACAUUGGGCUACUGUAAACGAAGAGGAGUAAGGCUUGGGCCCCUGAUGGUUGGGGCUUGUGUGGUCUCUAAACACUCUCCCUGCCCCGAGCGAAGUUCUCUGUAAUCCAACACACACACACACACCCACUCUCAUCACUGCGAUGUCACACCUUUCCAACAGCUCAGUGCGAGAUCACAUGAAAUGGGCUGGGUUGCUUGGCUGUGAAGCGGUGCUGUCCAGCAUGGCACUCAUGCAGGCCGGCUCCAUGCCCAGCCAUAAGAAGAUGGGCUCUCAUCUGGGCCAGGGACAGAGAGAAAACAGUCACAGCAACAAUCACAACCAGGACACCCACAGCCAACACGGCCACAUGGUGCUUCCCUCAGGAGUCAGCUGCCCACCACUGCUCAUCCGUAAGGACGGAGAGUUUCACUCUUCCAGGCUCUUGGAUGAAAAAGACAUGCAAGCCAGCCAGAACGUGCAGCCAAAGAAGAAGAACAGGAAGUCUGGACUUCCCACCAAAAUGAGAGAAAAACCCCAGGUGGAGAUUCCUGACGUUAAUGACGAUAACUCACUCAGCUCUCAAGUGCAGAAGAACUUCAUAUGUGAGCACUGCUACAGUGCCUUCCGCAGUAGUUACCACCUCAAACGGCACAUUCUCACCCAUACAGGGGAAAAGCCAUUUGCGUGUGAUAUGUGUGACAUGAGGUUUAUUCAGCGCUAUCAUCUGGAAAGACAUAAGCGUGUUCACAGCGGUGAGAAGCCUUAUCAGUGUGACCGCUGCCAACAGAACUUUUCCAGAACUGACCGGUUACUACGACAUCGGCGUUUGUGUGCCGUGGGCAUCCCUAAAGAGGAGAACCAUCCGUGCUGUGAGGGACGGUCUUAUUCUCAGGACCCCUCCCAGCACUCGGCGUCCUGGAGCCCACUGCAGACAAACAACAGCAGGCUGGCGGCGUGACAGCCGUCCGAUCGUGUUCAAACCACUUCCCAGCAAACACAAUGGACUUGCCAACAUGACCUGACCGGGGGUCUGAGCCUGUAAAAACUGUUUAAAGAUGUCCAACACGUCCAGCUCUGAUUCAGUCGGCUCAACCCCAGUGGACUGUUUUAUACUGCUUAGACUCUGGGAAAUAGCUUAUUUUGUAUUUUAGACGGUACUGUGAUCAGCAGGUGGGUUAGUUGUGCAUUCAUCCCAGUCAGUAAUGACUUCUGCUAGUUUAGAAAUGCUUGCUUUUGUAGUUCCCAUGCAGGACUGUAGAUUGUUGGGAUUCUCAGUGUUACUGUUGCUCUGCGAAAUGUUGCAAAAAAAAUCCAGUCAUUUCAUUAGGGAUCUGCACAAUCGGGAGUUUCACAUGAAGCUGAAAAAGUUUCACAAGCAGAUUUAGCUUCUUUUUAAGUUGGUUCCACAAAUUCACAGCUUAGAUCAAGAGAAAGCUGCUUGGUUUUAAAGUGACGUGUGCUACAUGCAUCACUACACUGUUGACAAAAGCCAAUGGGACUUUUCCGCCACAAAAUUUCACUGAAUUUACAGAAUUACAAACAAGUCAGCCGUAGUGACUGUAGACACAUUCUGAUACAAUACAGUUUCUCAGUGUGCAUAGUAAUGCAUCAUUCCCAAUUAUGUGAAAAGUUCAAGAAAUACUUAACCCAAAAUAGUUCACUGAAUAAAGAAAAUUUGCUGAGAAAGAGAAAUGUAGCAUUACAUCACUUGCUCACCAAUGGAUCCUCUGCAGUGAAUGGGUGCCGUCAGAAUGAGAGUCCAAACAGCUGAUAAAAAAUCACAAUGAUCCACAAGUAAUCCAUAUGACUCCAGUCCAUCAUCUAACAUCUUGUGAAAUGAAAAUCUGAAUUUUUGUUAUAAAUGAAUCCAUUACUAAGACUUUUUAAAACAUCAAACAGCCUUUGCUUCUGGCUAAAAUACUUGUUUUUCCAUAAUAUUGGUUUCUCCAGUGAAAAAAUCAUCUUGUCUGAAUGAGGAGAGUAAAAUGCAAUGAUUAAACACCGUUUACAAGCCAAAACAGUUCAAAACACCAAUAUGUCGGUGGAUUUUGAUAUGAGAGGACAAUAGGAGAGGGAGGAAACGUUACGUAUUAUGGUCAAAAGCGCCAGGUUAAAGUUAAAAAUGCCUUAAUUUCUUUCUUUUAUACUUCACAAUGUAUCUCAUGAACUGAAAUCUUGUGGAUUAUUGUGAUGUUUUUAUCAGAUGUUUGCACUCUCAUUCUGACGGCACCCAUUCACUGUAGAGGAUCCAUUGGUGAGCAAGUGAUGGGAUGCUUAAUCUCCUCAAAUCUUAUAUGAUGAAGAAAGAAACACAUCCACAUCUUCGAUGACCUGAAGGUGAACAAAUUAUUAGCAAAUUUCCAUUUUGGGGUCAAUUAUUCAUUUAAAUACUGUGAUAACAGCUCAUGGCCAUCGACAGCUUUACACAGGCCUUUACAGUUUUAGCAGAAACAUCUGGAAUAACAUGCAUUCUACAUUGACAGAAGAGCUCUUUUUCAUCUAUAUUAUGGUGUCAAACUUUGGAAGUUGGUCUUUCGGUCAACUUGAACACUGACUUUUCAUCGAGUAUUUGCGUAUGAAUGACACAUUUUGUCAAGUGGUAUGUCACAAGCAUCUCAGUUCCUUGUUUCAGAAUAACAAGGAAAACCUUUUAACAGGUUGUACAGUUCAUAGAGAGACAGAUGUUUAUAUAAAACCACUAGUUUUUCACAGAGGUCUCGUUACAUUUCUUAUCGCGUAGACCUCGGUCCUUGAACACAGAUUCUGACAUAGUCAAGUUUGAGUUGAUAUAUUUUUUCAGCAUUUUAGAUCAUUUAAAUAGAAACCGUAGUAGGAUUAGACUGCUGCCACUGUCUUGAUGGAGCAGAUUCACUGUAUUUUUAUUUUUACGUGUACGCCUGCAUGUUCCUUCCGUUAGGCAUAUACAGAAAAAGGACUUGUAUUGUGAUUGUUUAAAAUAAUGAAAAACAUUUUUGAUCCA